AUGAAGUUCGCCACUGGAUCUAGCGCGUCACUUUUCGCCGUCUCGGCGCUGACGGCGAUCGCUCAAGCAGAAGACGCGCUGUACAGCAAACGUAUGGUGAAGCGAGGCAUUGAUGCGGACGGAAACUACAACAUCUCAUUCUUCCACAUCAACGACGUGCAUGCCCACCUUGAUGAGUUCAGCUCCUCAGGAACCGACUGCACCAGGCCCGAGCGCGGCUGCUAUGGUGGUUACGCGCGUGUGAAGACCGUCAUCGAGGAGCAACGCCCCAACUACGAGGACAGUCUUUUCUUGAACGCCGGUGAUGAGUUCCAGGGCACUCUGUUCUACGGUUACUACGGCGGCGAGAAGAUUGCGGAGACCCUGAACCAGCUCGGAUUUGAUGCCAUGACUCUCGGCAACCACGAGUUUGAUGGCGGUGAUGCGGCGCUCGGAGAGUUCCUGGUCAACCUCACGUUCCCCAUUGUCAGCGCGAACGUGCAUUCCGAGGACGAGAACGUCAACAAGACUGUCAAGCCAUACACCAUCUUCGAGGAGCACGGCUUGGCGCUGAUCGGUGUCACUGCAGAGGAGACCGGCAGUCUCAGCAAUGCCGAUGUUACCACUGUCUUCUCCAACACCGUUGAGGCCGUUCAAGGUGCUAUCGAUGAGAUCAAGGCCACUACCAACAUCUCCAGGAUUGCUGCUCUCACUCACAUUGGCUACGACAAGGACCAGGAGCUGGCCAAGGCUACCACUGGUCUCCAGCUCAUCAUGGGCGGCCACAGCCACACCCUGCUCGGUGACAUGGAAGAUGCUGAAGGCAAAUAUCCAACAAUUGUCGAGAACCAAGAUGGAGACGAGGUCUUCAUUGUUACUGCCUACCGCUGGGGCGAGUACCUCGGCUACAUCGAUGUCACAUACGACCCUCAGGGCAAGAUUCUCGCUUAUCAUGGCGCCCCGAUUCACCUCACCAACACUACUGAACAGGAUGAGGAUCUUCAAGAGCAGAUUGAGGAGUGGCGCAUUCCCUUCGAGGAGUUCGCUGCUGAGGUGCUUGGUACCAGCGAAGUAGAGCUCGACCAGACGACCUGCCAACAAAAAGAGUGUCUGCUUGGUGACUUCAUGGCUGAUGCUAUGCUCGCGUACCGCAAGAACAACACCGAUGACGUCGACUUUGCUCUCAUCAACGCUGGUGGUAUCCGUGCCACCAUUGACCAGGGUGACAUCACCCGCGGCGAAGUCUUGACCUCGUUUCCCUUUGGUAAUGCUAUUGUUCAGGUUGAAAUCGAUGGCAAGACCCUCUGGGAGUCUUUGGAAGGUAUCGUGACCGGUGUCAACGUCGGCAAUGGCAGGGAAGUCACCUCCUUCUUCCAGGUCAGCACUGGCAUCAAGGUCGAAUACAACCCCGAGAACGCCAACAACUCCAAGCUUGUCUCUGUCACCAUUGGUGACGAGCCUCUAAACAACGACACUACCUACCAGAUGGUCACUCUUGACUUCAUCGCUGGUGGCGGUGACAACUUCUUCGAGCCAUCAACCGAUUUCAUCACCCUGGACACUCAGGAUGAGGUACUCACUUCGUACAUCUUGAACCAGACACCAGUGAACAUCGAGCUCGAUGGACGUAUCGAGGAGGUCGACGGCCAGAGGGAGGACACUCCCGGAGCUGGUAACGGUACCAGCAACGGCACUUCACCCACGACUGGUGCACCGCCUCAGCAGACUGAGAACGCAGCUGCACGUCUCGGUCAAGGCGCCGUUGGCGUCAGCGUCUUCGGUGUUCUUGCCGAAUAUCAAACUGCCAAUCUCAACGAUGACGAGAAACACGCCGUCAUCGGCAAGCUCCGCGGUGAGCUGCCCAUCAUUGAUCGCGAUGAGGUCGACGAGGUUCUUUUGCGUUCGAUGGCACAGCAGCUUGAAUUAGCGGUAUUUCCGACUUGCAAGAUGAUGCAGGUUGAGCCUGUGGCUGUGAAGCGCAUGCUAGAUGACCAGUUUCGCAAGGCGUACGGUGCGGAGGUUGAGGCGGAGGUGUUGGGUAAGUUGGGACUGUGCCGUGUUGAAGAUGUUGAGGUGGCGGUGGCUGCGGAGAGGAUACGUAUCAGUGCUAAGAAGAAGGGUAAGAGGCAGAAGUUGGGGAAGAGUAAGGAGAUGUUGGUAGAAGAAGAGGAAGACGCCAUUGCGAAUGCACCAUCCCCAACAGCGAAGAAAACGAAGAAGGCGCCGAAUGGAAUUGCGAAGGAUAUUGAUGCACAUAUCACACGGAGGAAGAGAGCGAAGCGUGGGGUCAAGGUGGUGACGCUGCGCUCCCGAGCUGUGUCGCAGGAAUGGGAGAAGCUGAGUCGUAGAUCGCGAGAUGAUGUACCUGAGUAG